AUGGAACCAGCACUGCUCCUUAAUGUUUCCAUACUCAUUACAAUAGUAAUCAUCAUCAUACCAAUACUACUCCCAUUACUAUCGAAAAAAUUCCAAAACACCCCAACCAUCAUCACACACACUGUUAAAACCGCCUUCCUAGCCAGCCUCGUACCAAUAACGCUAUUCACACAAUCAGGCAUAGAAAGCAUCACCUCACACUGAGAAUGAAAAUUCAUCAUAAACUUUAAAAUCCCACUUAGUCUAAAAAUAGACCAGUACUCCAUAAUAUUCUUCCCCAUUGCCCUAUUCGUAACAUGAUCUAUCCUUCAAUUCGCAACAUGAUAUAUAGCUUCAGAGCCAUACAUCACCAAAUUCUUCUCCUACCUCCUAAUAUUCCUAAUCGCUAUACUAACUCUAACCAUCGCCAACAACAUAUUCCUACUAUUCAUCGGCUGAGAAGGAGUAGGCAUUAUAUCUUUCCUGUUAAUCGGCUGAUGACAUGGCCGAGCAGAAGCCAACACAGCUGCACUCCAAGCUGUCCUCUACAAUCGAGUCGGCGAUAUUGGCCUAAUCCUAAGCAUAGCAUGACUUGCCUCUUCCAUAAACACCUGAGAAAUUCAACAAACCUUCUCUGCCACCCAAACCCCAACACUCCCCCUACUCGGCCUCAUCCUAGCAGCUACAGGAAAAUCGGCCCAAUUCGGCCUCCACCCAUGACUACCAGCUGCCAUAGAAGGCCCCACACCAGUCUCCGCCCUACUCCACUCCAGCACAAUAGUAGUAGCCGGCAUCUUCCUUCUAAUCCGUACACACCCCUUACUUACUAACAAUCAAACAGCCCUCUCCCUAUGCCUCUCCCUAGGGGCCCUAUCCACACUAUUCGCCGCAACAUGUGCCCUCACACAAAACGAUAUUAAAAAAAUCAUUGGCUUCUCCACCUCAAGUCAACUAGGACUAAUAAUAGUUACUAUUGGGCUAAACCUCCCCCAACUAGCCUUCCUCCACAUUUCAACCCACGCUUUUUUCAAAGCCAUACUAUUCCUCUGCUCGGGGUCAAUUAUCCACAGCCUUAACGGGGAACAAGAAAUUCGAAAAAUGGGGGGGCUAAAGAAAAUCCUCCCAACAACUACCUCAUGGUUAACCAUUGGGAAACUAGCCCUAAUAGGGACUUCAUUUCUAGCAGGGUUUUACUCAAAAGACCUCUUCAUGGAAAACCUAAACACCUCCUACCUAAAUACCUGGGCACUACUCUUAACAUUUUUGGCCACAACAUUCACUGCAACUUACAGCUUACGCAUAGCCCUGUUAGUCCAAACAGGACACACCGGCAUAACCACAAUCCUCCCAAUAAAUGAAAACACCCCAGCAAUCACUAACCCAAUCACCCGCCUUGCUUUAGGCAGCAUUGUAGCCGGACUACUCAUCACAUCCUACAUUACCCCCACAAAAACACCCCCAAUAACCAUACCCACACUCACAAAAACUGCAGCCAUCACCAUUACAAUCUUAGGUAUUAUCCUGGCCCUAGAACUCAUAAACACAACACACACCUUAACCCCACCAAAACAAAACAUUUACCUAAACUUCUCAUCCAUAUUAGGAUAUUUCAACCCCUUAAUACAUCGCCUCAGCUCCACAAAACUACUAAACAACGGCCAAAAAAUCGCCUCACACCUGAUCGACCUAUCUUGAUAUAAAAAAAUCGGCCCAGAAGGACUUGCCGAUCUCCAACUCAUAGCAACGAAAACCUCAACUACCUUCCACACUGGAUUAAUCAAAACCUACUUAGGAACUUUCGCCCUCUCCAUUCUCAUCAUCAUCCUAUCGACAUAA